UUAGGUUAGAAUAAUGUUAAUUCCACGUAAACAAUAUAUUUUAAAUUAUAAGUAAAAAAUAAGUCUUACAACGAUAAACAAUAUGGUACUAAAGCGGACUAAGGGUUACCAAGAUAUAGAUGGGGGCAGUGGGGCCAGUGUGUCUAAUCCAUCUGCUUCUACUAAUGAGCUUGUAGAUCCUGAUGUAGUUAUACCUCAAGAAAUUGAAAUGGCUUCUGUUUCAGUUGUACCUGAUGAUACAUUUACAGUUACGCAAGCUGUGAACGCCCUAGGAUUUGGAUGGUUUCAAGUAAAAUUGUCACUUUGGACAGGAUUGUGUUGGAUGGCUGAUAGUAUGGAAAUGACUAUUUUGUCUAUUCUUUCGCCAGCCUUACAUUGUGACUGGCAUAUUUCAAGAUAUCAGCAAGCUUUAACUACAACUGUAGUAUUCUUAGGAAUGAUGUUAUCAUCUACCUUUUGGGGCAACUUGAGUGAUAGGUAUGGCAGGAAACAGGCCUUAACACUAUGUGCUGUGUUAUUAUUUUAUUAUGGUCUAUUAAGUGCAAUUGCUCCAAGUUUUAUGUGGAUUUUACUUUUAAGAGGGCUAGUAGGUUUUGCAAUUGGAUGUACUCCACAAUCUGUGACUUUGUACGCUGAAUUUUUGCCCACCAAACAAAGAGCUAAAUGUGUUGUUUUGCUUGAUUGUUUUUGGGCGCUUGGCGCAUGCUUUGAAGUGACUCUAGCAUUAAUAGUUAUGCCAACAUUAGGUUGGCAUUGGUUAUUAGCUCUAUCCACAGGUCCGUUACUGGCUUUUGCAUUGAUAUGUCCCUGGUUGCCAGAAUCUGCAAGAUUUCAUGUCGCUAGUGGACAAACAGAGAAAGCAUUGGAAACUUUGGAGAAAAUAGCAAAAGAUAACGGGAAGCCUAUGUUGUUGGGCCGUUUGGUUGUGGACGAUUCCAUGACGUCUUCUCCUCAUAGAGGGAGAUUUAAAGAUUUGUUGGUCCCUUCUUUAAGAAUGACAUCUCUGUUGUUGUGGUUUAUAUGGAUGGCGUGCGCGUUUUGUUAUUACGGACUGGUUUUGAUGACGACAGAAUUAUUUGAAACGGCUGCGAUAAUCUGCUCUGAGGAGCCGGUGCCUACACAAACUUUAGAUACGUGUGCAGCGGACUGUCGUCAGUUGCAAACUACCGAUUAUAUGGAUUUACUUUGGACAACAUUGGCAGAAUUUCCAGGAAUCUUUAUUACUAUAUUCAUUAUCGAAAGAUUUGGAAGAAAGAAAACGAUGGCUGUGCAAUUUGUUAUUUACGCAAUUUGUUGUUGUUUCUUAAUGGUUUGCACUAAAAAGCGAGUUUUUCUGACAAUCAUGCUAUUUUUUGCUCGUGGUAUAAUAGCUGGUGUAUUCCAAGCAGCUUACGUUUAUACCCCUGAGGUGUAUCCUACUUCGCUAAGAGCAGUUGGAGUUGGAUCUUGUAGCGCAAUGGCUAGAUUUGGAGCGAUGGUUACACCAUAUGUGGCACAGGUGUUAUUAAAAUCUUCAAUUUCCCUUUCAACAACAACGUACGCUGUAGCAGCUAUUUUAGCAGCGGUAGGCUGCCUCCUAUUGCCCAUCGAAACAAGAGGAAAAGAACUUACCGAAAAUGUUCAGCAGCAUGCAAACGCAAACGUUACGAAGAAAUGACGUUAGUCUUUAGAAAAUGAUCUCUUGUAGAGUUUAAGACUACACUGCUUCAGUAUUACACUGUAGUUACUCAUGACAGUAAACCAAAGUACUUAAUGCUUCUAUUGCACGAAUUUUUACCAUAGUAUUUAUUUUACAGUAUAGAUCUUUAUUAAUUUAUUAAUUCUUGUGAUAUGUCGGUGCUGGUUAUUUUUAUAUAUAUUUUAUGACUUUUU